AUGAACUUGAUACGACAGAAUGCAGUUCAGCAAAUUAAAAAUAUUUUUCGAUCUGUACCAGAAAUUCGAUCAGUGAUUGAAAAUCAAGUUGAUUUUGAUGAUAAAUUAUUUUCGUUAACACAAAUUGCAGUCCCUGUAUCGAGCCAAGAUAGUUUAUGCACACGGGCGGUCUUACAGAAAGAUCUUUUAUGUGUACAAAUAGAACCUCAAACAUUUAUUUCGACUGCUUUCAAACAUCUUGUUAAUAAUGCUAAAAAAUCUUCAUAUUAUGAUCCGUUUCGGUACAAAUGGUAUUUCGAUGAAUGGAGAAAAAUUCCGUGUUGGAAACAGCUGAAACCAACAGUCGGAAAUCAAGUCGUUGUAGAGUUUAGUUCACCAAAUAUUGCAAAACCAUUGCACGCAGGACAUCUGCGUUCAACAUUAUUAGGUAAUUUCAUAUCGAAUAUACAUGAUCGAUUUGGUUAUUUAUCAUAUCGUAUGAAUUAUCUUGGUGAUUGGGGCACACAAUAUGGUUUGUUAGCGGUUGGUUUUAAAAAAUUUGGUUCACAAGAAGAAUUGAAUAAACAAGCAUUAAAACAUUUGCUAGAUAUAUAUGUUAAAGCAAACAAAGACGAAGGAUUACACGAUGAAGCCAAGAAAUAUUUUUCAAAAAUGGAAAAUGGCGAUGAAGAAGCAUUAGAACUUUGGAAUGAUUUCCGUACCUUGUCAAUCGCAAACUUAGAAAGCAUAUAUAAGACGUUUGAUAUUGAAUUUGAUGAAUAUCAGUCUGAAUCUCAAUAUCGUUUAGAGGCAAAAAAUAUUAUAAAACAAUUAUCAAUAUUAGGCUUAUGUCAAAAAAGAGCUGAUGGUGCAAUGGAAGUCGUGAUACCAGCACAAUACAGUAGUCUUAAUCGUGAAGCGCGAUAUGUUGUACAAAAAUCAGAUGGUUCAACAUUGUAUAUUUCAAGGGAUAUGGAAGAUUUUUAUGUACCAUUUGGUCGUAUGACAAAUUUUCAAACACGAAAAGGAAAAUUUGAAUUAUUAUCAGAUGUAUUGAAUGAUGCAAGAGAACGUGCCAAUGACGGUUUAAAUCGUUUUCUAAUUCGAAAAGAGGGAGUUGAUCAGACAAAAGUAUCAGAAGUAAUAGGAAAAGCAUAUUUAAUAUUGACUGAUUUUUCACGGCCAAGACGAGCAGAUUAUUCAUUUUCUUGGAAUGACAUUGUAUCAAAAGAUAAUUCAGCAUUUAUUUUAUUAUACUGUCAUGCACGUCUAUGUAGUUUAGAAGCAGAAAAUAAAAUGAAUAUUGAUUAUUCAGCUGAUGCUAGUUUGUUAGUUGAUAUAAAAGAACAUCAAUUGAUACAAAUUCUAGCAAAAUAUGAAGAUGUUUUGUUUGAUGCUUAUCGUGCAUACGAACCACAUAAAAUUGUUCAUUAUCUCCUUUUCCUAGUUCGUUCAUCGACAAAUCUUGAAAAGGUUAAUGAAAGUGAUAAUAUUCUUGAGAUGAAAUGGUAUACUUCACUUGGCAAAUUGUAG